AUGCGAAAUCCAAAAUUAUUCGCCAGUCAUAACUACCUAGCAAAGGUUGCUCCUGAAUCCAAUUUUGAUGAAAGUGGUAAAUCUCAAUCACCACAUCGUGAUCUUGAUAUGGGUAUUCCAUCACCAACGAGAGGCUUUCCAAUCAAGUCCAAUAUCAAGGAGAUUGGAGGUCUUGGUGGCUCUGUGCACACAUCUAAUGUGGACACAACCACUAAUCAAGGUGAAGGAGUGACCACCACAGAAUCCCAAGGUACUUCGACUAUUAUCAUUUCAUCUUCCUUCGAUACAUCUACCAUUGACACCACUGUUUCUCUACCAUCAUUCCAUACUUCUAUUUCUACCACCUUACCUCAAUCCAAACAAUCACCAACCUUUGGAAACAUCCUUAAUCAACCUAUUACUUCAUUAUUUCCAUCCCAAUCCACCGAAGGCGCCAAACCAGUCCAGGAAGAUGAAACCACUAAAGAUGGUGAAUUUAUGGAUUCUUUUGCUGAUAUUGAAUUCGAUCAAGAAGAGGAAAACAUUCCAGAUCACAUGUUAAUGUCUAGGAAACAAUUCAAUAUUCUCAACAUGAAGCUUAACUCUUUAUUGAAGCUUCAAGUUGAUGCAAGGGCUCAAAAUUAUGUGUCUGGAAUUGAAGUCGAUGUGAUGCUCAAGGCUCAAGAGCUUCAAUUAAGAAAUGAGUUGGAUCUAAUGAACAAGAAUAAUGAGAAUCAUGUCAAGGUUAAGUAUUCGACUUUUAAUGAUGUGCUUACGGAGUUGAAAGCUGUUGCAAAAGAAAGGCACAUAUUGUUUGUUCAAGUUGUUAAAAGGUUCGUGAAGACGUCAAUCGGAAGAUUGAGGAACUCAAGGUUGAUAUGGAGAAGCAAGUGGAAACUAUUACAAAUGAUUACUGUUCUCUUCAUACCGAAGUUGAUAUAA